CAAAACUUUGGGUAUAAAAUGCUUCGUUUCACGAUACAUGUUUUUCAUAGAGAUUCAAAGCAUUCAACUGCUUCAAUAUUACGAUGAACGGCCAUGCAGUCGCCAAGACGAGCGAGCCUCAGGCUGUACCUGAGAAAAUGAAGGCGCUGCAAUACUCUGGACCAGAGAAAUUCGCGGUGGAAACAAUCGAUGUUCCGAAGAUCGGAGAUGAUGACGUUCUUGUCAAGAUAUCGGCUUGUGGUGUAUGCGGAACUGACUUGCAUUACCACAAAGGCGAGUUUUUGGCAAGGUGGCCCUUAAUACCUGGUCAUGAAGCAGCAGGUACAGUUGCUGCUGUCGGCAAGAAUGUGACCAACGUAGCAGUUGGUGACCGCGUCGCAGCGGAUGCCCUGGAACCAUGUCUCAAAUGCUUUCACUGCACACGAAGGAAGCCACAGCUUUGCGAAAACGUCAUCGGAUAUGGCGGUAAUGUACCUGGUGGAAUGGCUGAAUAUUGCCGAUACCCUGCGCGGAUGGUAUUUCCGAUUGGCGACCUUCCGGACCUCGAGGCAGUUCUGCUUGAGCCAGCAGCCUGUGCUGCACAUGGUAUCGAGAGGAUGCAACUAGAAGUUGGUAGUCGAGUAUUGUUGUUCGGAUGUGGACCGACAGGCAUAUUACUCGCACAACUGAUCAAGAUGAACGGUGCCGCGCAUUUGACGAUCGCCUCAAAAGCAGGACCUAAACUUGACCUUGCUCGCUCUUUGGCCAUUGCAGAUUCCUUCAUUACUAUUUCCGACGACCGCCCUGAGACCGAUAUGCAGGACCUCCGCGCUGCUAACCCCUAUGGAUUCGACAUUGUGGUAGAAGCUACCGGCGCUCCCACAGUACUAGAAAAAUCCCUCGACUUUGUACGAAAAGGCGGAAAGUUGAUUGUAUAUGGCGUUUAUGACAAUAGCGUCAAGAUCUCAUGGUCUCCAUUUCAAAUUUGGGAGAAUGAAGUUACCAUCUUGGCCAGUUUUUGUAGUAUGAGCCAUUUACCACAUGUGCUGGAAUAUGUCAAUGCUGGAAGACUCAAGUUGAAGGGUAUUGCGAACAAGACGUACAAAAUUGAGGAGUGGGCGGAGUGUCUGGAAGCAGUAAGGAAGCAGGAAGUUGUCAAGGCUGCUAUAGUGUUUGAUUGGUGAACACAAUCCAAAAGUGGCAAGGCCACGGGAUGAGUUGUUAGUGACACCAAAGAACGAUCGAUCUUUCUACACUGUGUAGUACAAAAUUACUCAAAAUCCAGUGCACAGCAAUUACAUUUCAGUGG